AUGGCUUCAAAGAUGAAGGACCGGAAGCUACGUGAGUUUGCAGUAUUUUUCACUACGUUAACCGUUUUCCCGCAGAGAACUCCAGUCUCACACAAGGUGAUCGAGAAGAGGAGGAGAGACCGCAUCAACCGCUGUCUGAAUGAGCUCGGCAAAACCGUCCCCAUGGCCCUGGCCAAACAGAAUUGUGGGAAGCUGGAGAAGGCAGAAAUAUUAGAGAUGACCGUACAGUACCUGCGCGCUUUACAUUCAGCCGACUUUCCCCGCGGGAGAGAAAAAGGAGAGCUCCUGAGCGAGUUCGCCAACUACUUCCAUUACGGCUACCACGAGUGCAUGAAGAACCUGGUGCACUACCUGACCACGGUGGAGCGCACAGAGACCAAAGACAACAAGUACGCACGCAUCCUGGCCUUCCUGCAGUCCAAGGUGGUCUCAGAGCCCGUGUUCGGCUCACGCUACGAGUCCGCGUUUACCUCGCCCGAGCCUGUAGACUUCCUGUGUCAGCUGCGCUCUCCGCCGGAGUGCCAUCAGAACCCGAGCGAACCCGUAUUCCAGCAGAGCCACGGCGGGCAUUUAUCCUGGCACGGCUCGGCGCUCGCCUACCCUCAGCAGCACGGACUGGACCAUCACCAUUACAUGAACUUCAUGAGCCACACACACAGCUUGCACACGACGCCACACGUCGCUUUGUAG